AUGUUACAGAUAGGAGAUGCUUCAUUAUAUGAUGACAUUGACAGAGAAUUAAUUAAACUUUCUUCUGAUAUAUGCAAAAAUUCAUCUCAAGAUCCAGUGAAAUCCAUAGUUGAAGCUAUCUACCCAUCGCUUUUACAAAACUACAACGAUCCUGCAUAUUUGAAAGAAAGAGCAAUAUUAACACCAAAAAAUGAAAUGGUCCAUGAAUUGAAUGAAAUGAUUGUUAAUGUUAUACCAGGUGAAGGGAGAAUAUAUUGUAGCUCAGACACUGUAUGUAAAGCAAGUGUAAGGACAAGUGAUGAUGAUCUUUUGUAUCCACCUGAAUUUUUGCAUAGUUUGAAAUUUAAUGGCAUACCAAAUUACGAUAUUCGACUUAAGGAAGGUGUUCCAGGAAUGCUCCUUAGAAAUCUAAAUCAAACAGAAGGCUUAUGCAAUGGCACAAGAUUGAUUGUUACACAUCUUGGGAAAUGGUCCAUUAGAGCUGACAUUAUUUCUGGAGCAAAUAUCGGUCAAAACGUCACAAUCCAAGAAUUAUUAUGUCUCCCAACGAAUCAAAAUGGCCAUUCAAGCUUAAUAGACAACAACUUUAUUUAG